AUGGCGGAGGGCGACGGCGGGCCGGCGCGGAGGAAGGCGCUGUCGCUGCUGGAGGCAGCCCGCUCCCGGUACGAGAGCUUGCAGAUCUCCGACGACGUCUUCGGGGAGUCGGGCCAGGACAGCAGCGGCAACCCCUUCUACAGCACCUCGGCUGACUCCCGCUCCGCCGCCUCCUCUCAGGACGAGGAGGACGACGAGGAGGACGACGGGCGCCCGGAGGGGCCAGGGCCGCGGGGCCGGGAGGAGGAGGAGGAAGAGGAAGGGGAGAUGGGGGGCUGGACCCGGUCGCUGCGAGACGUCCCACCCCCUCACUUCAAGGAUGGCAGCGGUCCAACACGAAAAAUGCCCCUGACUGCAAGUGCCAUGGACUUUUUUCAGCUCUUUGUCCCUGACAAUGUACUAAAGAAUAUGGUGGUCCAAACCAACAUGUAUGCCAAGAAGUACCAGGAGAGGUUUGGCAGUGACGAGGCCUGGAUCGACGUCACUUUGUCGGAGAUGAAGGCAUUCUUAGGCUACAUGAUAUCAACCAGCAUCCACCACUGUGAGUCUGUUCUCAGCAUCUGGAGCAGUGGCUUCUAUAGCAACAAGAGCAUUGCACUUAUCAUGACACAAUCACGGUUUGAGAAGAUCCUGAAGUACUUCCAUGUUGUGGCCUUCCGCUCGAGCCAGACAACACACAGCCUCUACAAAAUCCAGCCUUUUCUGGACUCUCUGCAGAAUGGCUUUGACUCUGCUUUUAGACCUUCACAAGCCCAGGUACUACAUGAGCCCCUGAUUGAUGAGGAUCCUGUUUUCAUUGCCACAUGCACAGAGAGGGAGCUGCGCAAGAGGAAAAAGAGGAAAUUCAGUCUCUGGGUUCGGCAAUGCUCAUCCACUGGUUUCAUCUGCCAGAUUUAUGUCCAUCUCAAAGAAGGGAGUGGUGCUGAUGGGCUGGAUGCUUUGAAGAACAAACCACAGCUUCACAGUAUGGUGGCCAAAAGCCUUUGUCAGAAUGCCUCUGGGAAGAACUACAUCAUCUUCACUGGCCCAAGCAUUACCAGCCUGAAUCUCUUUGAAGAAUUUGAGAAGCAAGGUAUUUACUGCUGUGGGUUGCUGAGCACCAGGAAGAGUGACUGCACAGGCCUACCUCCAUCCAUGCUGAACAACCCUGAAACUCCCCAGUCCAGAGGACAGUACAGAAUAAGAAUGAAAGGAAACAUGUCCUUGAUCUGCUGGUACAAUAAAGGGCACUUCCGUUUUCUGACAAACGCCUAUUCACCAGUUCAGCAAGGAGUCAUAAUUAAGAGAAAAAGUGGAGAAAUCCCAUGCCCACUGGCAGUUGAAGCCUUUGCUGCUCACCUUAGCUAUAUCUGCAAAUAUGACGACAAGUACAGCAAGUAUUUCAUUUCUCACAAACCAAACAAGACCUGGCAGCAAGUAUUCUGGUUUGCCAUCAGCAUUGCUAUAAACAAUGCCUACAUCCUCUACAAAAUGUCAGAGGCUUACCACGUGACGAGGUACAGCCGCGCACAGUUUGGUGAAAGACUCGUAAAGGAGCUUCUGGGCUUGGAGGACACCUCACCCUCCCAUUGA